AGCAGGCGGAUCGCCGAGACAGGGAAGGGUAGAAAACUAGAGAGAGAGAGAGAGGCGGAGAGAGAGGAAAACAUUUUUUCCCGAUCUGAUCCCGCCAUAGUUUUUCCCACUCUUCCACCACAGACCCAUCACCAAAUCCACCCAGUACAACCCACCUCCUCCACAGUGCGAUAGAGAGGCUAUAGGCUGCUGCUUUAUUCGUCUGCUGGGGCCGGCUGCAAGUCAAGGGAUUUUAUUUCUUCUCCUGCUCCACUUAUUCAACUGGAUUUACAGCUAAAUUCUACGUUAGCAUCAGUUUUUACACUUUUAAAAUCUCUUUUUUUAUUUUAGUUUGCUGUCGUGAAUUAACAUUUGUUUCGCUUUAUUUUUUUUAUUUUUUGGUUUUAGAUUAUUCUUGCCAUCUAGCGUGAUUUCCACUUUCAGUUAGUGUGGCAAGUGUGACAAUAUCUUGUUGCGCUAUUAAGAAAUUCAGGAGAGAAACUUUUUUUCUGGCUUCAAUUUGAGUUAUUCCGGGCUUUGUUUUUUUCCCCGUUUUUGGACUUGGAAAAACAAUUUCCACCAUGCACAAGCUAUACAUUGGGAAUCUAGGCGACAGCGUGACUGCCGAGGACUUAGGAAAAACCUUUGACGAACACAAGAUCCCAUACUCCGGACAGUUUCUAAUGAAAACCGGCUAUGCGUUUGUGGAUUGUCCGGACGAUCAAUGGGCCAUGAAGGCUAUCGAGACGUUUUCUGGUAAAGUGGAACUCCAUGGGAAACGUAUUGAGGUCGAGCACUCCGUCCCCAAGAAGCAAAGGACCAGGAAACUGCAGAUCAGAAACAUUCCACCUCACCUGCAAUGGGAGGUGCUGGAUGGUCUGUUGGCCCAGUGUGGGACUGUAGAAAACUGUGAACAAGUGAACACAGACAGUGAGACUGCAGUGGUUAAUGUCACAUAUGCAUCCCGGGAGCAUGCCAGGCAAGCCAUCCAGAAGCUGAACGGAUACCAGUUUGAAAACAACGCCCUGCGCGUCUCCUACAUCCCAGAUGAGAACUCCGAGCUGGAGGGAGGCCAGCGGGGGCCCGACAAUGGCCGGCGCCCAGGCUACGGGCCUCGAGGCGGGCCCCGCGGUGGGUCUCCGAGCUCCGGGAUGCCCUCUAAACCUCCGCACGCCGACAUCCCUCUGAGACUGCUGGUGCCCACGCAGUACGUCGGAGCCAUCAUCGGCAAGGAGGGAGCCACCAUCCGCAACAUCACCAAGCAGACGCAGAGCAAGAUUGACGUGCACCGCAAGGAGAACGCCGGCGCUGCUGAGAAGCCGAUCAGCAUCCACUCCACCCCUGAGGGCUGCUCAGCCGCCUGCCGCAUGAUCCUGGACAUCAUGCACCAGGAGGCUAAAGACACCAAGACUGCCGACGAGGUUCCUCUAAAGAUUCUGGCUCACAACAACUUUGUCGGACGCCUGAUCGGGAAGGAGGGACGCAAUCUAAAAAAAGUUGAACAGGACACAGACACCAAGAUCACCAUCUCCCCUCUUCAGGACCUGACACUGUACAAUCCAGAGAGAACCAUCACAGUCAAAGGCUCUAUUGAAGCCUGCUGUCUAGCCGAGGUGGAGGUCAUGAAGAAGGUCAGAGAGGCCUACGAGAAUGACAUCGCUGCUAUGAAUCAACAGACUCACCUGAUCCCUGGGCUUAACUUGGGUGCUCUGGGCCUCUUCCCCUCUUCCUCCAACAUGCCCCCACCCCCGCCUGGAAACGCAUCAGCUGGUGCCCCCUAUGGUUGCUUUGGGGCUCCAGAGCAGGAGACGGUCCAUGUGUAUAUCCCAGCACAGGCAGUGGGAGCCAUCAUUGGAAAGAAAGGACAGCACAUCAAACAGCUGAGCCGCUUUGCUGGGGCCUCAAUCAAGAUCGCCCCAGCUGAGUCUCCUGACUCUAAAAUGAGGAUGGUGAUUGUGACAGGACCCCCUGAGGCUCAGUUUAAGGCCCAGGGCAGGAUCUAUGGUAAACUGAAGGAAGAGAACUUCUUUGGUCCCAAGGAGGAGGUCAAACUGGAGACUCACAUCAAGAUGGCCGCUGCUGCCGCAGGAAGGGUCAUUGGCAAGGGAGGCAAGACGGUGAAUGAGCUGCAGAACCUGACAGCAGCUGAGGUGGUGGUCCCCAGGGAACAGACACCUGAUGAAAAUGACCAGGUCAUCGUCAAAAUCAAUGGACAUUUCUACGCCAGCCAGUUGGCUCAGAGGAAGAUCCGGGACAUCCUGACCCAGGUCAAACAGCCACAGAAAGGCGGCAUGGGCUCAGGUUCGGGCUCGGGCUCGGGCUCGGGCCCUAACCCCCAGGGCUUCACAGAGAUGGGCAGCCCUACACAGGGACUGUCUCAGGACCACCAGCCACGAAGGAAGUGAGGGUCCCAGAACCCUCCUUACAUGCCGUUGGCCCCCCCGGCCUGACGGACAGACAGACAGACACAUGCACGGACGGAUAGACAGACGGACGGACGGAUACAGGAGAGCGACACACGGACCCAGCGAUAGAUAGGGAGAGAUAUAAAGAGGGAGGUAGUACGCCCGAUAGCCAGUGAGAAAGAUUGGCGUUUAGAGAGGAAGAGAAGAUUAAUAAAAUCAAAAGCUGAAAUGAAUAAAAAAAGAGGAUUAAGAUAAAAAGAAACUUGAGAACAGAAACCAGAUGCCAGGCCAGAAGAGAGACUGAUUGAGGAUGGAGGGAUGAAGGAAUGGAUGGAUGGAGAGAGGAAGGGGCGGUGUCCUCCUAGUGUGCCUUGCUAGGGCUGCAGCCAGCUUCUCAUCUGCUGCAGCUUUAACAGAUCGUGCAUCAGACAGGUUUAAACAAAAUGGCCGACAUUACUCUUCUUGUAAGGAUGGAGCCUUACUGCUGUUGUUUCCACCUGUCCACAUGGGUUCAGGUCUACUGCAGAGGGGAGAGGCUGGCUAGACAAAUAUUUGUUUCCUGAGACACACUAGCAGGGGCCCGUUUGUUCCUCUGUCGCCCUUUACGGACCUCUCCAACCAUCUGCAGUCAGUCCUAUAUUUUAAGGGUGGUUUUUUUAAACAUAGAGAUAUAUGUAUAGAAAUGUUUUAUUCAGAGCUAUUAUUGAUAGAAUGCAGUGUGGCGGAGCCGGGAGAGGGAGCAGGGAAACUGCUGCAGCGGUGCAGGGGGAUAGGUUACGGGUCUGGCAUUAGCCCCACCCACCCCAACCUCCUAGCCAAUGAGAGUUUAGAAGAGGGGCCGCAGAUGUUAACACUGCUCUUUAAAGACCUCUCCGAAUAGCGGAGGGAUUAGAAGAAAAAAAGAAAAAAGGAGAAAAUAUGAGGUUGUAAAUAUAUAAUCUUCAUGUAAAUGUUAAGAAAUGCUGUGUCUGGCCGCCUUGCCUUUUUUUUAUAAAGGGGUCUUCUGUAUAUUUCCCAGUCCCUUGCCUAUGAAGCAUAAUGUAGCCUACUACGAGGCCGGGGGCUGGGGAGGCACUGAGCUCCCCCUUCCACAAUUAGCCGUGUGGCGGAAGGCGCAGCAAGAGACAGUAAGGGGAGCGGAGGUCGCAGCUGGUCCUGCAGUUCUAUUGCAGCGGCUUAGCUCACACAUGUGAAACCAUUAUAAAACAACUUUAUAAAAACAGCCAGCAGCUAUGCUAGGUGGCUAGCGGCCCGCACCUUAAACGGCAUAUUUUAUAUAUAUUAUAUAUAUAUGAUAUGUGAGUUAGCCCGGCCCCUCGGGUGAAUGUAUUAAAGGCAGCGAGUCAGGUGUGAGGAUUUCAGCACCUGUAUGAAUUAGUCCUGCAAUGACAGACAGACAAGGUGUGUCUGAGACUUUCUGCUCAUUGCCUUCCUCCAGUGCUGGAUACCCGAGGCCAGUCUUGGACAGGAUGGCUUUCUCCUCAGAGGAGCUGGGGUCCUUAAGACCAUCCCUGCAUUAAAGCCAACUUUCUUCAUUUGGACAAACAUGGCCUCUAAUGCUUGUAUUCAUUUCAAAUAAAUGUUUAAGACUGGCCUUGGCCAAGUGCGGGAACCAAAAAAGUCUUCCAAAGCUCCUUGCCUCGAGUUUAGAGGGUAAAAUCAGUCUAAAGGGGAGCGGCUUCCUCGUUCUCUCUCCCAAUCUGCCAAAGGCCUGUGGGCGGAGCCUCCAGACCCUGCCUGCGUAUGAUAAUGAGGGGCGGGGUCUAUGCCUGGACGCUCUCGCCAAGAUUAGAACAGAUUAGAGAAGAAAUGAAAAAGAAAAAACCUACCUCAGGGUAAAGUUACCUCAGUAUUCCUAACUUUUUUUUGCUUGCUGGUGUUUUAUAUAAGAAGAAAAAAAAGAAAAGAAGAGCUGAUAGUCCUGAAUAUUUUUUAUUUUUUUAAAGAAAAAAGUAUUUUUUUUUAGGUAUUGUCUUGUUGCUUUGGUUAUUUUUUUCUGUUUUUUUGGUGUGAUGAUGGUUGAAUGAGCUCAGGAUGACGAGGAGGCUGUGUUUUUUUUCCCAAAGCAGAGAGCGAUAAAAUGCUGGUCUAAAGAGGAAAUGGGUCGAGUGCCAUUUUGCCUUUUUUUUAGGUGAGGAAACAUGCUCUCUGUCUUCCUGAAGUGUGAUUGGAGCAGCCGUCUGAAACAGCAUAUUGGCCAAUGGGGAGUGGUGUUAACUCAAGAGGGGGUCCUGAAAUGCACACGGUGACCCAGCAUGCCACUGGCUGCUCUUUUUACUGAGCGCAUUUUAUCGGAGGGGUUGAAACUAAAGAUAAUACACAGACCUCAGGUCGUGUUACGUCACUGCGACUGCCAAUUCUCGUGGCUACUGGCCCACCCUGUGCCCUGAAGGACCUCCCUCUCCUGCCUUAUUGUGAUGACAUCAUCAUGAUGCGCCAAACAUUGUGAGAGGGCUUUAAAGUGUUCGAGAGGUUAAGUUUCUCACCCACAAAGAGAGACCUGUGAGAGAGGGGCUUUUAAGCUCGUUUUCACCCCGUCUUUCUUUAUCUGUCUCACCUGGAGGUCGGGAACUUGUCAGAUCAGAGUUGUGUUGAACGCAGCAGUUUGCGUCCAUCUACAGCAUAACUGUACAUGGAGACAAGAGAGCAUUCUACCUACACACACAAGCCUGAACUAGCUCUGACUUCUCUGAAUGUGAAUAUUUAUUACCUUUGCACUGACCACGACACCUCAGAUGCUCCCUGUUGGCUACGUGUUUGCUUGGUGUGCGUGCGUGUGUGAGUGAGAGAGAAAGAAAGCGAAUGCAGGUGUGUGUGUGUGUGUGUGUGUGUGUGUGUGUGUGUGUGUGUGUGUUCACUGGUUUUAAAUGUUCAUUUUUGUCAGGGGAUGUGGUUGGGUGAAACUUUGAAAAAAAAAAAAGCAGAAAAAAGUAGGAAGAGAACCUAUGGCCCUCCGUCUGUGUUCCAACUGACUGAGGAGGGAGAAAUCCAAGAACAUUUUGAAAAAAUGGGAGCAAAAAAAGCAAAAGCAAGAGAGUUUAAAAACAUCAUUAACACAGCUGAGUAAUAGAUUCAAACCUGUACAUAAGAUGUUAAAAAAAGGUGAUCACAAUACUUUUGUAUUUUUGGAGAAAAAAAGCAUAAAAAAUCAGAAUGGGAAAAGCCGUGUAGACAUGAAAGAUUGCGCCAAGUCACUGAAGGACACUGCCAGAUAACUCACAAUCUUUUUAAUGUCUUACCUGCACUCGGCGAGGUACACCGGCAAUCUUCAUUGGCUACCCCACCAGCUCACCGUCAAACAGGGAAAAGUCUAUUCUAUCGUGUCUAUGCUUCCAUUUUUGUCCAGAGGCGGUAACUUCACACUUCACCACGGUUGUCCUGUGUUAAGUUUCCACCUCUUUCCAAACCAUAGAGCUCUGUUCACAACCACCAAGACACGCUAUUAAGGAUUCAUUAUUCAGCCUGCAGCCAUUUGGAUUGGUUAGGAUUCAUUUUAUUUUUUAUGUUUUAUUAUUUUUUUUGACAAUACAGCAAGCUUUAUUUGGACGUGACAUCUGGGGACGUACUGUUGCACUAAUUGAUGAAAUAUGUCGACAACGUCAAACUAUCAAACCGACUGAGAACCUCCUGUAACACCUGAUGCAAUUCUUAAAAGAAAAAAAGGGUGGAGAGUGAAGGGAAGAGGAGAAGGGAGGAUGGGAAGAGGGGAGGCAGGAGAAGGGAGAGGUGGUCAGGUGUUCUGGGAUAAGGUGUUGAAAACUGACUAAAUUCCACCAACUCCCUUUUCACUGUUCCCCCUCUGUCCUUCCGCAAAACAAUAGAAUGCUUUCUCCUCGUUUUUUUUUUUUACCCUUCUGUACUCCAGGAGAAGAGUGAGAUGUUUUUAUUUCCUUUUUAUUAAAAAAAAAUCAUUUCAUUUUUGGAGCGGGCGGGAACGUUAGGGUCCCUCGCCCUCUCUUGCGCUGGUCUACAUCGUGUUCGUUUUGCUCACUUCUGUUCAAGACCUUUCGAUUUUCUUACUUUAACCACCCUUUUUUUUUUUUUUUUUACAAUCGAUGUUUUGACUCUUUUUGGAAAAAUGAAAAUAGUUUAAGUUGAUCAUGUUUUGUUUUUUUGUUUUUGAAUGCACAAAUCUAUUAACAAGACAGCUACUAAAUACAAUGAACUACUAACAUGUAGCUCAGUACAUGACAGUAACUGUGCCAAACACACAGGAAGGGUUCAGUCCAAAAUGCAGUAUAGAGCCAUUUUGAGCAAAUAGCCUGAGCUCAUAGAAAAGGACUUAAGAUAACAUCAGUAGUGUUUCAGGGUGAAGAUUACUACAUUCAAAUGGUGAUAUCUCAUCUUGGAACUGACCUCUUCUCAUCUUGUUUUUGUAUGUACAUCAUAGACAACACAUUGUGUGGUUGAUGUGUCUCCACACGCGAAAUGAAACGGAGACACACCAUGCAUACCACUCGACACACAAGAACAUCUCACACAAAUCUAAGCCUGCAUCCCGACCGGGACAGAAAUCCUUAGACAUUUCUUAUGUUUCAUCUGGUUUUCAUCAGAUCUGGAUCAUUUCUGGGCCCCAAAGCGAACACUCUGUCAUUUUUUUAUGCAAGUUGAGUGAUGUAUUGAUAAGUUGUAUCGGCUAGGACAGAGUUUGGCAGUGUGAGGUGCACAAAAAUCAUAUAAAGUUGCCACACACAAAAAAUGUAAGCAUCAAACUCACUUGAGUUUGUUGUAUAAAGCUUAUUCCAAGACGGCUAAAAGGACCGUACCAGUGCAUGUUUUAUCCCGUUUUCUAUAAAUUACUGCUGAGCAUUUUCUGAAACAUCUUCACUAAACUCCUGAGAAAAAUAUCUGGCUCUUCGACUGCUAAAUGUCCACUGCGUUCACCAGCAGGUUUCAAUGUACAGUGGGUUUGUUAGAGCUAUUUAACUGAUAACGGCUGCCUUCUGUUGCUGAAACUGAGGUUAAGAGAGCGGUGAACCAAAACAUUAAAGCUGCAGGCUGGAAAACCAAAACAGCGAGCUGAAAGAUGCUAAAACAUUCUGUAGAGCCGGUUUGGGUGAUAAUUAUCUGUGCUGUUCUUUGCUGAAACGUUCACCUUAUCCUGACAGUAGUACACAGAUAAUCUGUGAAAAAAUUAGUUUCCUCUGGCUCAUUCUAGUGCUCCUAAUGGAAUUUGCAAGAAUCCACCGGGCCUGAACUAAAGCAACCAAUCGGAGCCAAGAAAGAUAGCUGGUUGUUGAGUCCUAUUCCCAGGGCGUCAAAUACAUAUGUUUGGGACCCUGGGAAUGAGAGUCAGCAGACAGCUAUCUUCAACCCAAAGCGUCUCUAUAUCUCUCUUCGCUCUGAUUGGUUGUUUUUGUACAGGCCCGGUGGAUUCUUGCAAAUACCAUCAGGAACACUAGGAGGAGCCAGAGGAACCUGAUUUUUUUAUAUUUUUUUCACAGAUUAUCUGUCUCAUGUACUGCUGUGAACAGUGAACAAUUAGGCAAAUAUGACAGUUAUUUUUAUAAAUGACCUAUUGCAGCUUUAAGUUUGUGCAAAGUGACUGGCACAGUGUAAUUAAACUCAUUGAAAGUAAUGGAAAAGCCCAUUAAUCUAAAAUGCUACCACAUGCUUUACAAACUGCUCAGCACUAAUGUAAAAUAUAUGCAGUGAAUGGGCUGCAAACUCACUGCUGUGGUCCUUUUAUUCAAAGACUGGAAGCUUGGAAAUUCUGAGUUUUGGGUAAAAGAUCUUGCCCAGCUUCUUGUUUGUGGCAGCAGAGCACAUCUUUGCUUUUUAGACCUUACAACAUGUAGCUCAGCCCUGACAGACAGUAAAAAAAAGAAAACCCUGACAGACAGACAGACAGACAGACUCUAAGCUCUUGUGAGGACAGUUUGCAAAAAAACAGUGCAGACUCCUCCUUGUCGUGAACCCCCUACCCCCCCGUCCCUCAGCAGAGACGGGCUCCGAGUCUCGACAAAUCUGAAAGAAAACGGAGACCCGGCAGAGGGACACCCUACCGAGACGAAACAAACAAACCUCUUGACACAUAACUAGGAACGCUACCUCAAAACAUAAGCAAACUCAGCCAGAAGAUUGUUUCUAUUAUUUUCUUUUAUCGCAAACCGACAAGAGCAAACAGUCAGUCAGUCGGACAGACAUGCAGACAGAAAGGACGGACCGUCUAUGUUACAGUCACACUUUAGUUGUUUUUUUCCACUCUUCAACUAUAAUUUAUUUUUGGGUUUUUUGAAAUGUUACCUCUCCAGCUUAGAGAUGGGACUGUAAAAAUAAACGAGUAAAUAAGAAAUGACAAAAAAGACAAAAAAACCCAAUAAAGACACAUUGUGGAGCGGGGUGGCGUGGGCAGCCGGGACGAGGAUUUUCUUCAUGUGGCGGGUAGAAUAUCGAGUAACCUGAUUGGUUCACGUAUGGCUCAGUCGGAACGAGGUGUUAACUUUCGCUCUGGGAACAGUUUCUGUUAAACUGUCCAAAGCUGAUUCUAGUCACUCACUCACUUUGAAUCAGAACCUAACACCUAACACAGUUUUUAUUUUAUUUAAUGUUACCUGCCUCCGAUCGCUUAAAUUACCCACAAUCCUCCUUCAGCUCCACCCUGCUGCUCCACUUCCCCUCCCUGUGAUUUCACCUCCUGAAUCAAGGGUCACGACACCUGUAACCAUGUAAUUGUUUUGUUGAUCUACCUCUUGGGGAAAAAAAUAGGUAAAUGGUAAAUUUUUUUUUUUUCGAAAAAGGACACAAAAAUAACAAAAAAAAAAGUUGCUCGAAAGAAAUAUAGGUAAAUGAAUAACUGGGUAGCGGCAUCUCCAUAUACUGUAGUGGAUAGUCUAUUAAAGGAAAAAACUUUUACUUCUUCCAAAGAUGAUUUUGUUUUCUUUCUCCAUUCUUAGUUCUUUUUCAAAGGAUUAUGAAAUUGAAUAAUAAUCUUAAAGGGGGAGACAAAAACUUACCAACUGUUUUAAAUUUUCUUCUUUAAAAAAAAAAAAACCCAACAUAAAUGAGAUUUCUUUAUCCAAUUUGCAUUUUCUUUUGUCAAUUUCGUUAACCUUACACUUUUUUUAACUUCAAGAUAUUCUUCAUGUUUUAUUUUGGUUGACUUCUAAUUUUUUCUCUCUCUUUUUUUUAUGACAGCAGAUUGUAUCUCUUGUGUUUGGGUGCAUUUAGCAUUUUCUUUCUCUCUGUGAAAAGCCUACAUGAGUUGGAGCGCCCUGCGAGGACCUUCUACACUGAUCGAUGAUCUAUUUUCACUUCUAAUGAGUCGUUUGAAAAAGCAAAAGGACCUGUUGUUUUAGCUGACUGUGUAGCUGUGGGUGGAAGGAGGAAGGCCCCCCUCGUGCCGCUCCGAGCUGGAUGACACGAGACUAAUCUGAUCUGGGCUCAGCCUCCAAACUGAAAAUUAAGAUCUCCGUGUGCUUUGAUCGUGCAGCCAUGACGAGACUGUUUGCUCACGUCCCAGCUACUGAGAGGAGUGUGCGAAGUCUUCCUCCUUCCACCAGAUGGCGCCUUUGGUCUUUACAGUAUAUGGACUUUCACCCUCUGCCUGCCUGAUUCCUUUAGUCCUCAUCAACACUUGUUUUAAACUCCUUGUAAACAAAACAGAGCAUAGAUAUGAAUGUGUUAUUAAAAGAUGAGAAAACGGA